AUGGACAGGGCCGUGGCCCAGGCCACCGAGGUGUCGGCUGCGGCAGAACAGGCGCAGGCGGGGCAGCGCAGCGUGGAGCUUGCCAGCGCGGACAUGAAGGCGACAGUGACGCUGGCACGGCUGCGGGCGGGCCCCGGCUAUGCCAUCGUCAUCGCCUCUGUGGCGCCCGGGUCGGAGGCGGCCUCCGCGGGGGUGCGCCCGGGCCAGCAGCUGCUGCAGGUGUCCGACCCCAUCCGCCCCAACGAGGUGUGGCAGCUGAACGAGAGCUCCAGCCUGCGGCACGUGCGCCAGGCGGUGCGCAUGCGCGUGCCUGACACCAUCACCCUGCUGCUCAGCCGGGAGCCCAUCCCGGAGUGGGCGCAGCACGUGGUGGCGGCGAGGGCUGCGGCGGCCGCCGAGCGCGAGCAGACCCAGGACCCCGGGCGCCAGCAGCAGCAGCAGCAGGGCGAGGCCGCCGCUGCCGGCGACUCUUCGGCGGAGGCCGCCGACGAUUUGCUGUCCGCCAUCGUCCAGGCCGCCUCCUCGGGCGAAAGCAUGGACAGCGGCGACGAGGGCGGCGCGUCGGCGGGCGGCCGCGGCGGCUUGACGGUUGCCGAGAAGCUGGAGGCGCAGUACCGGCAGCAGCAGGAGGCGGAGGGCGGCGCCCCAGAGGCGGCGCAGGCGUGGCAGGCGCUGACCGCGCUCGAGAAGCGGCAGAAGCGGCGCAAGGAGUAUUUUGAGCAGGCAAGCGAGCGCAACGACGGGCCCUUCUUUGCCGGCGUGGCCGCGCUCUUUGUGCUGCCCCCAGCGAUCAUCCUGCUCGCCGCCUCUGCCAGCGGCUACCUCGACAGCCUGGACAUGUAUGGCGCCAUGCGCUGA